ACCCCCAAAUUCAACUGUCCCCAUCAAGGGGGCAUGGCUUCUUUAUGAGGUUGAAGGCAGCACAGCCCUGGGCAGAGUGGCAUUUCAAGGACAGUGCUGCAUUUUGGCUCCUAAGGGCCCAAAUCUGGCCACUUCUGGGCGUUUUGGUGCUUGCACCUCCAUCCUCUGACAGAGUCCAUUAGGCACGGGGCCAGGCUUGGCUCUGUUGCACUCAGUGAGGGGAAUUCCCUUCCCCUUGCCUUUAUGGGACUGGCAGGAGGAGAUCUAACCUCAGGAUGGUGCUUCCAUUGCCAGCUCAGCUUCCCCAGAUGGCCCCAUGCCCCCACCUCGCCCAGUUCAGGUGCAGCCAUCAGUUUCUGCUUGCUUCUGUGUGCCGGGACAGCACAACCCUCCUUGGUGCUUUGCUGAUGGCCUUUCCCAUCCCCACAGGACAGUGCCAGAGGCCAUGGCCAAGGGCAGGAAACUCUCACUUCCCAGCACUGGGAGGGUCCUUUGUGCUGGGAAUCCCCCUCCACCUCCUCCUCUUUGCGCUCCCUCGGGGCCUCCUGAACUCUGUCCUCAGCUUCAGUGUUGCGCAUGGGCCAAGCAAGAGCUAAAUGCCCAUCGUGAGCCCACAACAGUGUGAGGAUGAGGGAAAUGUUGAACCAGCUCUGCUUCUCACACCCUCAAUGGCCAAGAGCCACCCCAAAUGCCUCCUGGACCCCUACAGUCCCCUUACCCAAGCUCUCAUCCUCUCCAUUCCCUCCUAUGGUGGAACCUGUUCCAGCUCCCAUAGCGGAUGCUCCCUUUGCUCCCCUAGCUGGGCCCCAGCCCUGCACAGGCUCAAACACACACACUGGGAGCUCAGAGGCUGUCGAGUGCCCCACAAAGCACAUCUCCACCCUUGCCCUUCCUCCCCCAUCUUCGCCCUCUCCCAGCCCUCCCCUAUGGCCCCACCACUGAUUACCCAGAGCUUUGAGGCUAAUGCCCAACACCUGACCAGCUUAUUCUUCUGAGUCUAUUAUCAGCUUAGGGACCAAAGACAUCUGCUACCUGCUCCUGGCUGGGAGAUCUGAAGGAGUCUUCAAACAGAACAGUGCAGACACAGAGGACGGCGGCUCGAUGGGUUUCUGAAUACCUCCAGCACUGAGAGGGGGAGCCCCUCAUCCACACAGGUAAGUGGCUUUGCUUCUUUCCCAGUGCACAGAGGCAUCACCACCUCCUCGGGUUGAUAAAAGCUGCAGCUUUUAUCUUCUUGGGACUCAUCAUGCCCCAUAAGCAUUGAUGGGGAGAGAGGAGUACUGGGUAUGCAUGCCAUGAAAACAGCCACACAAAACCAGUGGGGUCUGGGGAACAGAAGUUUGAUGCCUUCCAAAGCAGGGACAAGACACACCGCUGCUUUAAUCACAUUCCUCUUUACGAUUUAAGAGGUUGUGGCCAGGCUUUCAAGCUAAGUUUUAAUAUGGGAGCAGCACAUGGCAACUCUCCAAAUCUCUCUUAUAUCCCUUGGAUGCACCUUUGUAAAAAACAGAUGAGCUUUUCCAGCUCACACCAUGGAAUGUCUCUGUGCCACAGAGGUAACAGCAGUGAAGGGACAUAAUUCACACCAUCACUUACUUGCAAGGGUGGCACAAUGAGUGGAAGAGAAAACAACAGUUCAGUUCCUCAUAGUGCCUGUGGGCUGCUCCUGCCCAAGCAGAAAGGUGUAGUUACAAACUCACAUUGGGAAGGCAUCGUCUGCACCUAUGCUGCACUGCUUUGUUUAGGAGAUGCUGUAUAGUUUGGUACAUUCUUAUCUGGGUCCUCCUAAGAUGCUGCAAACCCAACAGCCCCGCAGUGCAAUUGGUUUUUCUGUGGGCUCAGCCAGCCCCACUGAACCAGCCAUCUCUUGUCCUUGGGAAACAGCCUCUGCUGCACGCAAAGAAAGGGCUGGAUCUUCUGCUGCUGCCUUCAAACCACUGUUUUUGCUCCAUUUGUCUGGGUGAGAACAAGCAAAGCAAAAUUUGAUUACUGCAGUUACACUGUGCUUUGAAAGGUGCCUGAAAGCUUCAGCUGAGACGUUAUCAGCAUUUGCAAUAGUGUUAGGGCAAAAGCAAAUGCCUUAGGAGAAGCCUUACUGCACUUCAAGCACGCGCCAUCUCUGUUGGUUACAGGGCAGAAUGGCUCAGGAUAUGACAGAGAAGGAACUGCUGAAAAUGGAACUGGAUCAGCUGAAGAAGGAGGUAAAGAACGAGAGGCAAAUGGUCUCCAAGACCGGCAAAGAGCUCAAGGAAUACAUUGAAUCCAUGGCAGGAGAGGAUCCACUGCUGAAAGGUGUCCCUGAGGACAAGAACCCCUUUAAGGAGAAGGGCGGCUGUACGAUAAGCUGACAUCCUUCCUCCUCCUGCACCGCCCUGCUUGGGCACAGAGCCAUUCCCAUGCUCAAGCCAAGACUGUCAGAAACCUGCUUUCCCUAUAGUCUGACCUCAGCACUGGGGAGUACCAAAAUAAAGUGUAGUUGCAUCUGAAGUAGCAGCAGAAAAAAAGAAAAAUUAUGAGAAAAAAAGAAAAAAAAAAAAUUACCCCUGUGAUUGCAGAGAUGAGGUGCAGCAGAUGGAGCAGAGUGUGUUUGUGUGCUCCCAUCACUGAUUGAUGGUUGGUUUCCAGCAAGCAAAAGUUCUGUGUUUUCAGCAGGCAGCAGCAAAGUGGGCUUUAAUGGCACAGGUAGGGCUAGGAAUGGUUUGUAGGUAUAGGGAGGUACUGAAACACGUAGGGCUGUACCUGGACUCCAACCCCAGGCAUCCCAGCAGCAGGGCAGGCUCCAAAGCCUAGAGCAGAGCCCUGCAUCCCCACUCGCUGCAGAGAAGCAUCCCGGUGGGACCUCGCUCACGUUAUCGCCUAUCAGUGCCUGAAUCCCCCAUCUGGCACAGGCAGACAAACACGCCCUGAUGCUCCCAGGGGUCUGAAGCUUUCAUCUCCUCAUUCAUAACUCCGUCCGUCGCUCACAGACCGCACCUCCCACCCGCAGUGCGUCUACAGGAUCGGGGAAAGGGGGCUGGGGAAGGGGGGCCGAACAACCCAAGCGGGGCACGGGAACGAGCAAAGCCUCCAUCAAAAACAUCAGCCUGCCUCCGUGUCCUCCUCGGGAAACCCUCCGGCAACCACAAGAGAUCAAAGCCCGGAGGUUUACAGGUCCGGUUCUGCUCGAAGCACCGCCUUGGCUUCACCUUCCGCUCCGUGCAGCCGGGGAAGAGCGGACCGCCUCCAUGCGGGCAGAGGUGCUGCAAAGCUUCGUCCCGCAACGUUUCACCAUUGAUAAGGAUCGACUCGGAGCCGGCAGCUCUGUUUGGAGGUGGCACAAAAACCGGGGCAGAUUGGGGCGGCACAGGGAUGAGGUCGAUGGGGUGCAGGGGCCCAUAAAAAAGGGAAAAUAAAGGUUUUGUUCUUCCUCUCGCGGAAAUACUGAAUAAAUCCACUCCGUUCCAUACGCGGUCUCUUGUCUCUCUCGUACCCGCGUUCCCGUGCCAAAAACAUCACCUCGGGGCCAGCAUCAUCCGUCCCCACCGCUAACCCCGGUGGAGGUCCCAUAGAGCUCCGCGACCCCUGAGCUCAGCAAAAACAGCCCGCUUAAUCCCAGCUAAACCCCGCGCCAACCCCCUCUCAUCCACGCACCAUCACCAGCCCGCCCC